UUACUUCAGAUAAAUUUGAAAAACCGAAUUGGAAAUAGCGCCAGUAGUUAAACGGUCGCAAAUGUUCAGACCGAAAGUAUUAGCAGCUGUGCUCAACGAGGCAAAUGAGUCCUCGACAUCGGUCGAAACCGGCGGAAACAACAGGGGGUCAAGUUCAGGAGAUUCAUUCACCCUGUUGCUAAACAGGGAAGGCGCUCUUCUCGCGGCAUCUGCACCCCAGAACUCGGCAACUCCAAACUCGAUGGCCAAUCAGCAGCCUCGUGUUGUGUCGGCAAUUGUAUCUACUGUGUGGGCUCUGGCAUCUCAGAACAUAGCUGCAUUGGAGGCCGACCCACUGUAUGUGCUGAUUGUGGACUGUGAACAAGCCAGAAUUGCAAUUACAAGCGUAGGCCAUGGAGGCCUUCUUUUGUGUAUGUACUGCUCUACUAGGGGAAAUCCAGCUAGCCAACUGCCCCCGCUUGGAAUGCUGAAGGUGAAGCUGGAUGCUCUCAAACAACAUCUGGACGAACCAUUGAGUCAAAUCGCAACGACCGUGGCUUGAUCUCAUUUAUUGCUAACAUUGCAUCGACAGCUACUAUUUUGAGUGUAUUUGUCGCAAAAUAAGAACAGUGCUGUUAUUUCAAUGAAUGGACUGUAGAUUAUUUAGAUUAUUUAAUUAAAAGUGUAAAAUUAUUUUUGAAUAUUUGGAAAAUAGAUAGAUCAUGGAUGUUUUUAUACGAA